AUGGCUGGUAAAUUUGGGGGUUACGAAGAUGAUGAAGACGAUGUUUUGGCACCUAAAGAGCCACAGGUCACUUCUCAGGAUCCUCUUGAACGGAAGGCAGCUAGGGCAUUACGUAUUAAGAAAAGGCAAGAGGCGUUGAAAAGAGCCGAACAGACUUCGGAGGAGACCUUUAAGGAAGAGGAACCGGGUUUGAUAGAACAGGCAACUGCAUUAGCGGCAGAGGAAUUACAGCGGUUAGCGCUAGAUGGUGCUGCUAAGGUCACUAAUGUUAAGGUCACCACCGACGAGAGGGAGGUCAUACGGCGCGCGCUAUUUUCUAAAAAGAUGUUAGAAUCAAUAUCCAAGAUCGAAGGUGAAGCAGAAGAGGCUCAAGUACAGUACGAAGCAAUAACUUCAAAUUGGGACUCAAUGUUACAAGUAAAAGAUCCUCUAGAUAUUGACGCUGCUAUAAAGGAGCAAAAACAGCGAUGUGACGAACUUCUAGAACAGAAGAAUGAGCUCAUCGCUGUUUUGAAGCACGAAUUGAAGAGAAUGGACGAUAGUUACUAUGAGGAUUUGCAAAAACAGGACAACGACAUAAAAGAGCUUUCUGACAGAAUCGAAAAGCAGAUAACGAUAAUGCAACGAGCGUACGAGAAACAACUGUCCUGUAUAGAAAUAGCUAUCAAUAUAGAACGAGAUGCAAUGAUUGACCAUAACAAUAAGCGAUGGGAGGCGCUUUAUAGACAGAGGGAUAAGGAGGAAGUUGCGCACUUGGAGUAUAAGUUUGAACAGUUAGAAGACCACAAGCAAGAAGUGGAGGCUAUAAUGUGGGACCAUCACGCAAAAUACCGCGAGGCGAAGAUUGAAUUGGAGUCCUUGAUACAAGACCUGCAAAAGGAAUUGGAGAAACUGAAAGCUACUUGCCUCAUUAAUACGGAGAAAAUUGGUUACACUUACCAGGUUUUGAAAAAACGCGAAGAGGAAAAUGUGUUCGUAAGAUCGCAACAAAAAAGAAAACUAAACAAGAUGUCGGACGUAGCCAACUCGCUUCGCGCCAAAAUUCGCAAGGCGGCUGAAGACGGGGCUAUUGAGGAGGCACGCGCCGAUGCUGAAGUGGCUAUGGACGAUCUGGAGAAGAAAUCGCGUCACUUCUCGCACGUUAACAAUUACAAGUUCAGCCAAGUGUGGCGGAUGUCGGCUGCACACUGUAUGUCGUUGUCCAGGGAGUUGCGGGCUGCUGAGGUGGCCCUACAUGCUCACAUCCUAUCUGAACCACCUCCGCCCCCACCACCACCUGCCCCUAAAAGUCCCUUAAAAGAAGCCGAAGCCGACCAACUUUCUAAGUCGCCAGCGCCUAAGAACGCCUUGGAACCUGCGAGCAUAGACGCGAAGGAAGCAAAAACUAGACUUGCGCUCGAAAUCCAAGCUCAAGAGGACGUAGAGCUGUUGUGCAAAGUAUUUAUGAAGUAUGCUUUCUGUCCAAUAUGCGUCGGUUUUGAAGCCACCUCUGAAUAUGUCAUGGAACCGUUGUCAAUGGAAGCGCAAGAAGAAUCUUCUCACCACGCCAGUCUAAGCAUCAAAACGACUCGCGGAGACCGGGCGUCUAUACGCCAACGAUCCAGCGCGGGGAGGAGUAUCUCCGCUAGCACAUCUAGGUCCAUUGGGUUUAGAACACACGAGCUUACAUGUGAUGACCAACUUCUUAUGGCUGAAGCUGAUCAAAUCAUCCAAAAAUGCGGUGACCCGAAGAAUAAUAUUCCGCUGAUGGAGGUUUCAUCAGAUGCGGGGGGUUCAGCUCGCCGUGCUGGUACUCGAGGAGUGAAAGUAGCCUCGAAACCAACUCUAGUGGCACCUGCAAAGCAGAAUAACCCAUUUCUUUGUCCAGUGGGACACUAUCUGGAGAUCGAGCCGAUGCAAGUUCUCACCGCUCUCAAUGAGUAUAUGGCGGUCUUUGUGCCGCCUGAAAAGAAAAAGUUGUACGACAUACUAGACAAUUUGAAACCGCCAGAUUUCACGACUCCAUCAAGAAAAUUAACCACUGAUCAAAUAGAGCAGUAUUGGGUGCAGUGGAAGGAGAUGUUUAACUCUGAAAAAGACCGGUUUUGGGACGGCUUGCUCACCGGUCUUAAUAACUACUUAAAUGUGUUACAGGAAAGAGAACGAAUACACGAAGAGGUUGUACGUUUGCGACAAAGAAACGCAGCUCUGCGUCGCCUAGUACGGGGUGCUUUGCCCGAACUACCAACAACCAAGCCAAAAUACAUGCAACCCACUCUACCCUCGUUUACUGCAGCCGCAGAAGAUGCCACAAAAAUAUCCACUUUACCCCCUAUCUAG